UUUAUAUGUUUUCCCAAAACAAACCCAAAGCAGAGAAAUUUAGGUCAAAUAUAAGCAGCUAAAACUGCUUUGGAAUAUGAAUUAAAAAAGAAAUAACUUUUUAACUGGUUGAGUAUUUUGGGAUACAUUUUAAUACUGGACUAUAACUGGAAAGAAAUGACAUGCACCCAAGUACUCUGCAACUGAAGCUACAUCACAGUACGUGUCCCUGUAGCCUACUUUAUGUUCUGAAUAGAUUGUUUGCUUUUAUUUAGCCACCAGAUCUGUUUUGUUCCCUCUAGGAUAGGGAUUCUUCCUUUAUGCAAUAGCAAUAUCCUUUAACAGGCACCAGCUUGUUGUCUAGGGUGCUUGGGGCACUGAGUGACUGCUGAAAGUCCCUAUCUGAUCUUCAUGGGGUGGUGAGCUUGCCUGAGAACUGCAUCCUAGUCUGCAGCCAGAGAGAUAUUAAAGCACCCUUGUGUCCAGAGCAGAUUUGUGUGGUAUUUAAAGGAAUAGUUUUCUUCUGACAUUCAAUACUGUGGAGUAAGAAUGUCAGGCAGUUUUUUGCUGACAUUGAAUACUAUGGAGUAAGAAUGUCAGGCAGUUUUUUAAGCAUUUGCAUGUACAUGUAGUAAACUGCUUAGUACUUUUGAAUAGCCAAAAAGUUUGUGAAUAUGGAAUUUUAGUGCAAUAUCUGGUAUUGAGAGGAUUAGCUUUAUAAGUACGAUUUAUCUCUUUUGCUGUGAAUUUGGAAAUCUUGUCUACAAAGACAGAAGAUGUGCACCAUUUCAGAUCGCUUGACUUUGUCUCCCCUAAAGAAGUGACUUUAUUUGAAUAAAGGAGUAGAAAUUUUUGUACUUGGAUAAGAAAGGAGAUUCGCUUGGUUUGUUUCUCUAGGAUCCUAUUUUCCUAUAUAGGAUCCUGUUUUCUCCUCUGCAUAUGGUGAGACAGUUUUCCCAGUGGCUGAGAAAAUGAGAUGCAUUUAUCUCUUUUGUAGGAGGCCACGGAACUAAGAAUGUCAGGGCCUGCUGAAGAUGGGAAAAAAAUGGCUGUUCCACCUGCUUAUGCUGACCUGGGCAAAUCUGCCAGAGAUAUUUUCACCAAGGGAUAUGGUUUUGGGUUAAUAAAGCUUGAUUUGAAAACAAGAUCUGAAAAUGGACUGGAAUUUACAAGCUCAGGUUCCGCAAACUCAGAAACAAGCAAAGUCAGUGGUAGUUUGGAAACAAAAUACAAGUGGGUAGAAUAUGGACUGAUGUUCACAGAAAAGUGGAAUACUGACAACACACUAGGCACUGAGAUUACUCUUGAAGAUCAGCUUGCGCAGGGCCUGAAGCUGACCUUUGACUCCACCUUCUCUCCUAACACUGGGAAAAAAAGUGCUAAAAUUAAGUCGGGGUACAAAAGGGAACACAUCAACAUUGGCUGCGACAUGGAUUUUGAUAUUGCGGGUCCUUCAAUACGUGGAGCUCUCGUGCUUGGCUAUGAGGGGUGGCUGGCAGGCUACCAAAUGACUUUUGAGACAGCGAAGUCUAGAGUAACCCAGAGCAACUUUGCUGUUGGCUAUAAGACUGAUGAAUUCCAGCUUCAUACUAAUGUGAAUGAUGGAACAGAAUUUGGUGGCUCCAUUUACCAGAAGGUGAAUGAUAAACUGGAAACUGCUGUGAAUCUUGCUUGGACAGCUGGAAAUAGCAACACUCGCUUUGGAAUAGCAGCCAAGUAUCAGAUUGACCCAGAUGCCUCUUUUUCUGCUAAAGUGAACAACUCCAGUCUGAUUGGGUUAGGAUACACUCAGACUUUAAAACCAGGUAUCAAACUGACGUUGUCAGCUUUGUUGGAUGGCAAGAAUGUCAAUGCAGGGGGUCACAAACUUGGUCUAGGAUUAGAAUUUGAAGCAUAAGGAAUGAUUUCACAAUUGCUAAUCUGGAAAUACAGCAUAGCUACCUUCAGAAAAUAGUGUACCUUUCAAUGUUUUGUCUGGGGUGCAAGUGUUGCUACUAUCUGUCCUGCUAGUCCUGGCUAAAGACAGCUAAGCUUUAAAAAUUAUGUUGUUAAAGAAGUGGAGACAAAAUCAUAAAUAAAAAAUCCUAGUUUUUUUCUUUAUGUAGUUGCUCAUCACAUCUGUCAACUGCCACGUGAUAAGAAGGAAAGUGUUGAUUACCUCUACUAAUACAUUGAUGGCACAGGGAAUGUGUUAAUGUGUUAUAAAAUGUAGAAAUUGCAGACCACUGUAUUGUACUGUUCAUUGUGUAUGCAAAAUGUUCUAAUACCUAAGGUUUCAGUCAAUGAAGGAAUGUUUUGUCUGAAAAAAGGAUUUUAAAAUUUAUUCUUUUAGAUAUGUGUUUUAUCAAUGGUUUGUCUUACUUGGUUAUCCCACACCUACUGCUGUCUCCAGAAUGCUUUAGGUUGUCCACCUUGUUGAAGUCCUUGUGGAGGAAGUUUGAUGUGACUCAGCCAAUACUGCCUGUCCUGUGUUGUGAUUCCUUCCCCUUGCACUGAUGGAAAAGCUUUUAAAAUGGACAUAAUCAGGGAAGAGUCUUUGCAACUGCAAUCGUAUAGUUGCAUCACUAAUUCUAAACCAGAGUUUUCUUUUAUUACUUUUUUUUAGCAAGUAAAUGGGUACAUUUUUAGAGAGUCUUCCAUUUUGUGUGGAACUAGACCCUAAAAUGCUGUACUUGACACUACUAAAAAUGGAUAAAAACCCCAAACCUGACUUGAAUAAAAUAUUGAAAUGUCAUCUUUUACUCU